AUGCACGUCCUGCUGUUGAUCCUCCUGGCAGCCUUCGAGCUCGCAGCAGCAGCUCCUGGUCUUGACCCUCUGCAGUAUGUUGACCAGCUCAUUGGGUCAAGCGCUGGAGGCAAUGUCUUUCCCGGCGCAUCUUUGCCAUACGGCAUGGCCAAGGCAGUCGCCGACACAGACAGCCAGUCGAAUCAAGGAGGCUUCACCACCGAUGGCGCCAAUAUCACUGGCUUCUCGGGAAUGCACGAUUCUGGCACCGGAGGCGCCCCGUCCCUGGGACUAUUUCCGCUGUUUGCAUACUCCAGCUGCAAGGACGACACCGUGGAUGGCUGCAACUUCCCAAAGCGAACGCGAACCACUCCAUACAAGAAGGAGUCUCUGCGCGCCAGCCCGGGAUACUUUGAGCUCGAAUUGGUGAGCGGCGUCAAGGCUCAGAUGACGACCGCAUUUCACACGGCUCUGUUCAAGUUCUCCUUUCCCAGCGACGGCAGUGGCAGUCCUGUGGUAUUCAUUGAUCUCACCGAUCUAUCAAAUUCGCGCCAGGAUAAUGCAAGUAUCUCGGUGGAAGACAAUGGACGAGUAACUGGCAAUGCUCGCUUCACGCCAUCUUUCGGCCAAGAUAAGUAUGUGGCAUAUUUCUGUGCCGACUUCCAAGGAUCGAUUCGAGAUAGCGGCAUAUACGCCGACAGUCGUGGCAGCACAUCGGUCAAGGACUUGAAGAUCUCCAGAAGUAUCAACGGCUAUCCUCUACCAGGCGGAGCAUUCCUUCGCUUCAAGGACAAGAGUCCAGUGACUGUAAGGAUGGCCUACAGCUUCGUCAGUAGCGAACAAGCUUGCAAACUUGCCGAGACUGAGAUUGCAAACUUCGACUUCGCCGGCACACAGGAGAAAGCAACCGCAGCUUGGAAGGAGAAGAUGAGCGCAAUCCAGGUCGAGACAGGGGGUGUGAAUUCGUCUGCCUUGACGAACUUCUACUCAGGCGUCUAUCGAACAUUUCUCAAUCCACAGAACUACACCGGAGUCCAAUCUGUCGUCAGUCCGAGCACAUUAUACUUUGACAGCUUCUAUUGUAUUUGGGAUCACUUUCGAUCUCAAUUCCCUUUCCUCUUGGUUAUCGACCCUACAGCGAUGGAGCAAAUGAUUCAAGGACUCCUGACACUAUACGAUGUCCAAGGCUGGCUGCCGGACUGCCACAUGUCUCUCAGCAAGGGCUACACACAGGGUGGGAGUAAUGCAGAUGUUGUGAUAGCGGAUGCCUACGUGAAGCUCAAAUCAAAAACCAUUGAUUGGAAGAAGGCAUACGAAGCCGUGGUGAAAGACGCAGAAGAGGAACCGUAUGAUUGGUGCUGUCAAGGUCGAGGAGGUCUCGACAGCUGGAAGGCUCUCAACUACAUUCCUGUCUCGGACUUUGACUACAAGGGCUUCGGCAUAGUGACCCGAUCGAUCUCACGAACACUGGAAUAUAGCUACAACGACUACUGCAUCUCGCAGAUUGCAGCCGGUGAGGGCAAGCAGGCUGACGCUGAGAAGUAUCAGAAAGUUUCAGGAAACUGGAUCAAUCUCUUCAAGGCAGACCAGACUUCGAAUCGCUUCAACUCAUCCACAAGCACUGGCUUUACAGGCUUCUUCCAACCACGACAUCUGAACCAGACUUGGGGUUUCCAAGACCCUCUGUAUUGCUCAAAUGUUGACACCAGCCCAACGAGGAGUUGCUCGCUCCAAAAUAACGCCGGCGAGACGUACGAAAGCUCAAUCUGGGAGUACUCCUUUUACGUACCGCACGAUAUGGCCAAGCUCAUUACUGCACUGGGCGGGCCGCAGACGUUUGUAAAGCGUCUCGAGUACCUUCACGAUCAGAACAUCACUUAUAUCGGCAACGAACCUUCAUUCCUUACAGUCUACCAAUAUCAUUACGCCGGACGUCCGGCUCUGAGCGCAAAGCGAGCGCAUUACUACGUCCCAGCCUUCUUCUCGCCAACCCACGACGGCCUCCCCGGUAACGACGACUCAGGCACCAUGGGCGCAUUCCUUGCCUUCACGAUGAUGGGCCUCUUCCCCAACCCCGGCCAAAACAUGUACUUCAUCAUCCCUCCCUUCUUCGAAAGCGUCAAAAUCACAAACCCCGUCACGAAAAAAACUGCCACGAUCAGGAAUCUCAAUUUCGAUGCGAGCUACAAUGCGAUUUAUAUCCAGAGUGCGACUUUGGAUGGAAAGCCUUAUACGAAGAAUUGGAUCGAUCAUUCGUUUUUUACGGAGGGGAAGGAGUUGGUGCUUACGCUUGGGAGGAAUGAGAGUGAUUGGGGGACUAAAAUUGCGGAUUUGCCGCCUAGUUUGAGUGAGUAUAAGUUUUAG